AUGCCAUCUGCACUAAGCGAACCCUACCUAUCUGAAGUGGCAUUUUGUCGCUCACCGACCGAUUUUCCAAAAAUCAACGUUGAAGAGAAUGCAGCAAGUCGCGUUCUUCGUUGUGCUUGCUGUCAUGUCGUUGUUCACGCGCGCUGCUACGGCCUGCCAGACCUCGAAACCUGUCACAACAGGGCGGACCUAGAGUCCUGGAUUUGUGAUGCUUGUAACUCUCCUGCGUUACAAGCAAGACCGCGCUGCUGCCUCUGCCCAAUUCGAGGUGGAGCUUUGAAACGACUGGAGAACUCUAGCCUGGAUGGUCAGUCGUUUUGGGUGCAUCUCGCUUGCGCCAUUGCGGUUGGAAAGCGCUGUCGCUUUGUCGAUGUAGUCCGACGCAGACCCCUUCUCCUCCGCAGUGAACUACAGUCAACUUCUCUCUUACCGCCUCCCUCCUCUCCCAAUCAACCUUCUGCUUCUAACGGAAGCUCCUGCCAAUCUAUCUCAGAUCCUCUCCGCAUAGGUACUUCAUUCUCAGACGGAAAACCCUCUCCUCGAACAUCUGUUCGCCAGCUUUAUCGGGAUGCAUACGUGUGGGAGCCUCUAAAGCGACAUUCCGCCGUCGGUGCGACCGCCUCCACUUCCACGGAUAUGUGCGAAGUCUGCUCUCUUCCCGCUCCCGGUGGACCUGCUGACCUGCCCUUAGUGGCUUGCUGGCACGAGGACUGUCCGGGAAGGGUUCAUCUGACGUGUGCACAACUGAGCGGUUAUCUUAUUGCCACCGGGCGUUAUCCACAUUGCUUGUAUGUGGCCUGCCGGCGCCAUCCUGCUGAGUAUCGCGAGGUGAGCCUCUCAUGA